AAAACAGAGACAAAGCUCCAUGCUCAGGGCCUAAGCAAUUGGGGAAUUAUUCUCUUCAGUCAAAACCCUUCUGCUAUAGAACGAGGUGUAAGAAGAGAAGAAAAUUGAGUAUUGUAGAGACAUUUGUGUUUGUUUUGUUGAUUCUUGAUGAAAAAGAGUACCACAUCAGAGAUGGGUCGGAGGUCCAUUCGUAAUCGUAAAGCUGAUCGGCUCAGUAGCUUGCCUGAUGAAGUUCUUUCUCACAUUCUCUCUUUUCUUCCUCUGAAAGUUGCAGCUGAAACCAGCAUCCUCUCAAAAAGAUGGAGAAACCUUUGGACUACUGUCACUAAUCUUCAUUGUGGUGAUGACCUCUCUGAACUUUUAAACCCUGACAACGAUUUAAAGAAUAGUCUUUUUGGUUAUGCCGGAUUUGUAGAUAGAGUGCUGAUAUCUAACUCGGCACAGAUUCAGAAGUUUAGUCUGUCAUGUUAUUCAAAAUAUGACCCCAAUUGUGUCGCUAUCUUGGUGAGUGAAGCAAUUAGGCGUGAUCUUCGCGAACUUGAACUAUACAUCUACACUGGCUGGAGUAUUGAGUUGCCCAUGUGUCUUUUCACUUGCAAUUCACUCGAGGUUUUACGGCUUCAUGGCAAGAUUGAUAUUCCUGGCAAGAUUGAUAUUCCUGACUCCUUUUGGAUCCCAAAUCUGAAAGUCCUUUGCAUUAACCGUAUACGUGAUGUUUUUCCUCUCAAGUUCAUGCAAAACCUCUUUCGUUGUUGCCCUGGACUUGAGGAUGUAAUUUUGAUCGGAUUUCUACGUUUAGAGCAAUAAUUGAUUUUUGAGUUGUCUGCCCCUGCUUUGAAGAGAUUGAUGUUAGCACUGAGUAGACAACGUGAUGUUCAGCCCGGAAUCAAAUUUGUGCUUAAUACUCCACAUCUUCAACAUUUAUAUCUUGGAACACAAUCUGUUGGCAAGCUAUUUUGUGGAGAACUUGUCAUCCCUAAAUGAAGCAAUUGUUGGAGUGAGAUAUGCCUUAAAAAAAGGCAUAGAAUAUGCGAAUUGGAUACUUGAACUUCUCAGACGAGUCACUAGUGUUAAGUCUCUGUUAUUGAAUAGAGACACAAUGGCGGUAAGUUUGCUCUAUCUGCCUUAUGCAAAAUACACAUCAUUGAAUUCACUAACUUUAUUGCUUGCAGACUUGUAUUCAACAACGCCUUGGCUGACUAUUAAUCUUUCUUUCAUGCCUUUUAAGCAUCUCGGAUUUGCUAAUGAUACCCAUCUUUCAUAAUUUAACCCAUUUGGACUUCUAUUUCUUAGAAUUGCUUUAAUUACUGAGCCAUUUGUUAAAAUCUAGUCCAAUAACCCUGAGAUUGUCUAUUCAAAUCUGAGGGCAGUCACUUUAUGCAGAAUAAUGUCAUUUGUUUUGUUUGUGCUUUGAUGAUUGAAUGACACCAACAUUUGACAAACGUAAAGGGUCUUGUUCUAUCUUUGCUUUUAAAUAGCUUUGUAUCAUCCAUUGAAUUUUGAUAGAUUUUGUUGAUCUGGUU